GCAACAUUGAUAGACUCGACAGUUCCACACUCGUUUUACAUUUUUAGAGCUAACCUCUAUUUUGAAAACCGCACGUGUCGUCUUUUAUUGUUUGCUCGAUAAAAAUUACUAUUCCAUCUGACCAUUUGUAAUUAGGGCGGUGGAUUGUAUAUUUACACGCGACAUCUAAAUAAAUUACGCAGUUGUCUAACAACAGCGUAAUAAGUGAGAAAAUGACAGACGUACUGCAACCGGGUGGCGAUGUAUUUACCGAGAAAAAAAAGAAGAAAAAUAAGGACACAGUGUCUUUGGGGGCUUUUCAGAAGAUCGGGGAGUUCAAGAUUGAGCCGUCGGAGAGCGUCAGCAAGUUAGAUACUGCUUACUGGCCGUUGUUAUUGAAAAAUUUCGAUAGACUCAAUGUGCGCACUAACCAUUAUACGCCGUUACCAUUCGGUCAUUCGCCUUUAAAACGGCCUAUAGCUGAUUAUAUCAAAUCUGGAUUUAUAAACGUCGAUAAACCCAGUAACCCGAGCUCCCACGAGGUCGUAUCAUGGAUCAAAAGGAUAUUGAAGGUGGAGAAAACAGGACACUCCGGUACGUUAGACCCCAAAGUUACUGGCUGUUUAAUUGUGUGUAUAGACAGAGCGACCAGACUUGUGAAGUCCCAACAGAAUGCCGGCAAGGAGUACGUAGCUGUAUUCAGCUUGCAUUCCGCCGUUGAAAACUUACAAAAAGUCACACAAGGUUUGGAGAAACUUCGUGGAGCUUUAUUCCAGCGUCCACCCUUGAUAUCGGCUGUCAAAAGGCAGUUACGUGUAAGGAGUGUUUAUGAUAGCAAACUCCUCGACUAUGAUCAGGAACGGAACAUCGGUGUUUUCUGGGUAAGCUGUGAGGCUGGAUCGUAUAUUCGUACCAUGUGUGUCCAUUUGGGUCUCAUGCUCGGUGUAGGAGGUCAGAUGAUAGAGCUGAGACGUGUGCGUUCCGGUAUUCAGGGAGAAAAGGAAGGCAUGGUUACAAUGCAUGAUAUUUUAGAUGCUCAAUGGGCAUAUGAAAACCACAAAGAUGAGACUUAUAUACGAAGAGUAAUCAAGCCUCUUGAAGGACUGCUAGUAGCCCACAAGAGGAUUUUCAUUAAAGACAGUGCUGUUAAUGCUGUAUGUUACGGAGCAAAAGUACUAUUACCUGGCAUUUUGCGAUACGAGGAUGGCAUAGAAAUUGAUCAAGAAAUCGUUAUUGUCACAACUAAAGGAGAAGCUGUUGCGCUUGCCAUCGCCCUCAUGACCACAUCAACAAUGGCCUCAUGUGAUCACGGAGUGGCAGCAAAACUGAAACGAGUAAUCAUGGAAAGAGACACAUAUCCUAGGAAAUGGGGCUUAGGGCCAAAGGCAUCUCAGAAGAAGCAGUUGAUCCAGCAAGGAAAACUAGACAAAUAUGGUAAACCAAAUGAGAACACUCCAAGUGAAUGGUUAAACAGUUAUGUAGAUUAUAAAGUGAAGAAAGAGGAGAAGAAUGGUCCAGUAGAUACAGAAGAAGGGAGUAGGAAAAGGACAGCAAGCACAGCAAAUGCAGAUGACCCAAACAACUCGACCGAACUGAAAUCUGAAAAGAAAAAAAAGAAGAAGAAGCACGACCUCGAUGCCACCGCAGAUGGAGAUGCAUCAAUAGAUGCAAAUGUGACCACAGAGGGCACAGAUGAAACAGUUCGAAAAGAGAAAAAAAAGAAAAAAAAGAAGGACAAAGACCAAGAGAGAGAUGAAUAAGUUCUUUGGUACUAUAAUUGGUUUAAAUAAAUUUUUAAGCUGUUCCUAUAUGGAGUCAUUAAGAGCAAGUUAAAACAUAUAUUUUUUCAGUGAUUGUAAAUAUUGCAUUUACUUACGGCGCCAAUUUAAAAUCUCAUUUAUAUACAAUGUGGUUUUAUAGUUUUGAAAAAUAGUUCAUGCUCUUUAAGAAUUAAUUUUAAAUUCAAAUUUAAAAAAAUAUUGAUGUUAAAUGCAUUCUGAAUUUAAAAUUGUUAUUAGAAACUAUAUAUAAACAGAAAGUGUGGAAUGUGACCUGUUUCCUUUGCCAUUACUUUGCAUAAUAAUUUAAAAAAAAUAAUUUAGGUCUGUUCAGUAAUUUAAAAAAAAAGUAAGUAGCUGCGCUAGAUCUAAAUAAAUCAAAUAAGUUUUCUUGUAUUACAGGUUAAUACUCUAAUAAUUGGUAUUACUUUUUUUUUAUAUGAAAUAUCUACACCAUUUUCCCACAGAUAAUAAUAUUUUUUUACAUGUGUAUAAAAAUAGUUUUAAGUUAGUUAUAAACAAUGAAUGUAUGUUGAUAAGUAAGUGGAAAUGAUUGUUUUAAUUCUUAAGACAAGUUGAUCAUCAACAUUAAACGUUUUAUUAAAUUUU